AUGGCCAGCGAUAGCACCACCCCGCUGCUGGGGGAAUCACUGUCCCCGCACCGAGCGAGCCGGCGGGAGGCUGCGGCAGACCUGGAUCAGGACCUGUCCGAAACGACACCUUUGCUCGUCCAUCGGAAUGAUGGCUUAGGAGAAGACGAGCCAUCACAGGACUCUGCACAUUCGAUAGCCCAGCAGAAGAGGGGCGGAUUAAGGUGGCCGACGUUGAUCGCACUCGUCGUUUUGUGUCUAUCCGUGAUUGCCAUUCUCAUCCUGGGAUUCGCCGCCCCGUCCACCGUGAAGCAAUACGUCCAAGAAGCCGCUGUCUUCAAGCCCACCGGGGUGUCGGUAACCUCAUUUACUCCCUCCGGCGUACAGACCAGAGUGCGGGGCACCCUUGUUUUGGAUGCAUCUCGAGUGAAGAACCCAACAGUUCGGGACUUGGGUCGAUUUGGAACAUGGAUAGGGCGGGAGGUUGAAUCCGGCGAGUCAAAGGUGGACAUAUAUCUCCCGGACUACAAGGAUACGCUGCUAGCCACCGUUGCUGUUCCCCCGAUCAAAGUCAAUAUCCGGAACGGGCAUAUCAAUGAGAUCGAUUUUAUCGCCGAGCUUACUACCGGGAACCCGGAUGGGAUCAAGGGGGCCGUUACCGAUUUGAUCGAGGGUAACAUCGCCCAAUUAAGCCUUAGAGGGACGGCCAGGGUGCCAUUGACAUCUGGCCUACUCUAUCUGGGGUCGCAGUCCAUAACGGAGAAUGUGGUGUUCCGAGAUUUUUCCUCUGUCCCUGAGUUCAACAUCACCGAACUGAACGUCCAUGAGCGUUCGGGCCCAGGAAAAUCAAGAGCCAUAGAAGCAGAUGUUUCAGUGGCCAUUUCAAAUAAAUACCCUGUCCACCUGACUCUCCCCCCAUUUCAGUUCAACAUUUUCGUCCCCAAUUGUGACCCGAACGAUGCCUACAUUAUGGUUGCGAAUGCAACGACAGAUUCUGUCAACGUUGAACCGCGAGAGCCCGUGACCAUUUCUUUACACGGAUUCGCGCCCAAGAUUCCAGAUCAACUUACCAGUAAUUGUCCGGGAACUACUACUUCCCCGCUUGAUCUUUUGAUAAGCAAAUAUAUUCGUGGGCUGGUUACUACGAUCUAUGUGCGUGGAGGGUCAUUAAUCUCCCCAACUAUUCCACAAUGGCUACAAGAGCUAUUGAAUAGCGUCACCGUUCCUCUCCCUUUUACGAGCCCCGGAUUCUCCCGGUUAAUCAAACGCUUCUCGAUGACCAAUGUUCACUUCUACCUUCCCGACCCGUUUGCUGCUCCAAAUUCACCCGAUGCUCUGCCCAAAGUUUCAGCUUUGGUGCGAGCCAUAAUCGACCUGCCUAGACAGUUGGACGUCCCGGUAAACGUCUCAAGGGUGCGAACCACAGCCGAUGUCUUCUAUCAUGACCACAAACUUGGAAUUAUAGAUGUUAAGGAAUGGCAAAAUGCAUCAGUUCGACGGGACGUGGAUGGCGCAGAUGGAAAGCCAACAAUGAUUGUGGAGUUCGAUAUACAAAAGGCGCCAUUACAGGUCACAGAUGAGGAUCUUCUUACCGAAGUCUUGCAAAAAAUGAUGUUCGAGCGCGAAGACAUUCCUCUCCGGGUGGACGCCCAUGUGGAUGCGGAGUUGAAGUCAGCUCUUGGUGACUUUAUCGUCCGAGAUAUCCCCUCUGGAGGGAACAUUGUUGUUAAACCGCCAUAUGGCGGUAAAAUCACCGACAUAAAACCCCGCAUUCAAUCUAUAGAGAUUGUGGAAACAACAAAGGACAGCGUCCUUGCCCGAGCUAACGUAAAUUUCACCAAUCCGACCAACUACACCGCCCAUAUCCCUUACAUUAACAUUAAACUGGUUCAUAAUUCAAGUGAUGUAGCGCAUAUAAUCGGUCACAACGUUCAUGUCGGCCCAGGACAAAACUCCGGUGUCCAGAUUGAUGCGCUGUGGAACCCCUUGGAGUCCGGUGGUGAGGAGGGCGUUGCGGCGGGACGUGACCUCGUAUCGAAAUGUGUUUCCGGGAGGAACACGACCGUUGUUCUCAAGUCAUAUGCUGACACCAUCCCAUCGCUCCCGCUACUUGGCGCGGCCUUGUCCAAGUUUGAAAUUGAAAUUCCUAUCCCGAAGCUACGCCUUCCUGGCAGCGAUGAUGGGAGGGAUGGACGCGGUGGAUCAUUGAUUAAAGAUGCAACGGUAAUAUUGUCCCUUCUCCAGAACAGGGAUCUUUAA